AUGUCGGCGAAGACGGUCAUCGUCACUGGUGCAACUGCAGGUAUCGGCUAUGUCACGGCAAAACAUAUAAGCAUGAUGGAUGCAAAGAUCAUCCUUGCUUGCAGAGCCGAAGAUAAAGCGACACAGGCAAUUGUCAAUAUGAGAGCGGAAUAUUCCCAAUGGGUUCAGAAACGGCAGAAAGCUAAAUCGAAAACGAAGACUAAGGAGAGAGACACAGUGGAAGAGCCGCAGCCAGACGAAUUAAAUCUGGAAUUUAUGAAGCUUGAUCUCACGUCCCUGAAGUCAACGAUGGAUUUUGUACGCAAUUACAAAUCUCGUGGAUAUAACUUAAAUGUUCUUGUAUGUAAUGCUGGUAUAGCAUUACCACCAAAAGAAUUAACAGAAGAUGGGUUUGAAAAACAGUUCCAAGUGAAUUAUUUGAGCCAUUUCUUACUGACGCUUCAAUUAUUGCCACUUUUGAAGUCAUCAUAA